AUGUCGCUCAGUCUUAUGCUAACGCUCUGUCAACGGAGCACUCGGGGCUUUGUGUUGCGCCCGGGCAGUGUGAACAUCCGGCUAGCGGCCGCAGCAGCACAACAACCGCACUGUCCAGCACCAGAAUCGCCAAUCAACCAGCAACAUAACCGCACGUUCCUCACGAUGGCGUGCGUACAGCAGCAACAACGAUGCGUGUCGAUCGACAACAUCAAUCCGGCAAUCAAAACUAUGGAGUACGCGGUUCGAGGUCCGCUGGUGAUUCGUGCCGGUGUUAUCGAGAAGGAGCUAGAGCAGGGAGCGAAAAAACCCUUCAAAGAAGUUAUCCGUGCUAACAUCGGAGAUUGUCACGCAAUGGGUCAACCGCCAAUUACCUUCAUCCGACAGGUACUUGGGCUCGUAUCGUAUCCUCCGCUGUUUAACGACGCUACCAUCCCGGCAGAUGCAAAGAAGCGUGCUCGCGACAUCCUGGAUGGAUGCAAAGGUGGAUCGGUCGGUUCGUAUUCCGACUCUGCCGGUAUUGAGGUGAUCCGUCGACAUGCAGCCGAAUACAUCCAACGUCGUGACGGUGGCAUACCGGCUGACUGGCAGAAUAUCAUCCUUUCGGCCGGUGCGUCCGGCGGCAUCAAGGUGCUGAUGGCGCUCUUGCGUUGCCCGAUCGAAGGCAAAAAGCCAGGCGUCAUGAUACCGAUCCCGCAGUACCCAUUGUACUCGGCUACUAUUGCCGAAUUCGACAUGGAGCAGAUCGGCUACUAUUUGGACGAAGCUAACAAGUGGGGCCUCGAUAUUGCCGAGCUGGAGCGUUCGCUGAACGAGGCGCGUAAGGUGUCGGCACCGCGCAUAUUGGUCGUCAUUAAUCCGGGCAACCCGACCGGGCAGGUGCUUUCGCGGUCUAACAUCGAGGACAUCAUUAAGUUUGCGCAUCGCGAGCGACUAGUACUGUUCGCGGAUGAGGUGUACCAGGAUAAUGUGUACGAAGCCGGUUCAAAGUUCCACUCGUUCAAGAAAGUGAUGAUGGAGAUGGGUGACCCGUACAACAAGAUGGAACUGUGCAGUUUUAUGUCCUGCUCGAAGGGAUACAUGGGCGAGUGUGGCAUUCGCGGUGGGUACUCUGAGAUUGUGAAUCUAUGCCCGGAUGUGCGCACGAUGCUGUUGAAGUGCAUUUCGGCACAGCUGUGCCCUACCACUGCCGGUCAAGCCGUUCUCGAUUGUGUUGUUAACCCGCCGCAAAAGGGUGAACCAUCGUACGAGCAAUUUGAAAAGGAAAAGGAGGCAGUGUUGGAGUCGUUGCGCGAGCGUGCCGAACUGGUAGCACGUACGUUCAACUCCAUCGAAGGUUUCUCGUGCAAUCCUGUACAGGGUGCAAUGUACGCCUUCCCGCAGAUCCGAUUGCCCCCAAAGGCACUCGAGGCAGCCAAGAAGGAGGGAAAACCGGCCGACACAUUCUACGCAUUCCAGUUGCUUGAGGAGACCGGGAUCUGUAUCGUUCCCGGCUCCGGCUUCGGGCAAAGGCCCGGUACCUAUCACUUUCGUACCACAAUUCUGCCUCAGCCAGAAAAGUUGAAGGAGAUGCUCGGUCUAUUCAAAUCCUUCCACGAGAAAUUCUUGCAGAAAUAUAAGUAA